GCCACAGCAAUCAGGGUGCCGGUUGUUACGCUCGCUACCUGAGGCAACUUUUAACUGUUUGUAAAAGUGUAGUAACUGGAUAUUACAGAUGUACAUUUGAGUCUGAAAGUGUUUGUCCAUUUUCCCGCCUCUGCGUGGGUUUAAAAUGUUUGCCAGCGGCACAAAGGAGAUAACUGUCGGUGACACGUCAGAAUGCAGUACGUCCUCAGAGGACAGAAGCGGACUGCACAAAACCACAUCUGGUGAUGCCGCAUCAGCUUCCUGUGCUUCAUCAAAGCAAACCUUGAAUGAGGGCAAUACGAGCUCCAGCCAUGGCCCGACACUACCCGGAAUGGCCUCAGGUCAUUUACACAACAGUUUUAGGAUGGGGAAGACACCUUCAUCCCUCCUUUCAUCUGGUUCGGAGAGCUCCUCUUUCCACAGCCGUGGAGAAACACCAAGACACAGAAGGACCCCGGGGUCUGCUGGGGCUCCUGGAACAAGUUGCUCAACUGGAUCCACAGCCUCUGGUGCUUCUGUGGUUGUGGCAGUGGUUGAAGGACGUGGCUUGGCCAGAGGAGAGAUUGGCAUGGCCAGCCUGGAUUUGAAAUGCCCAGAGCUUAUACUUUCUCAGUUUGCAGAUACAGGAACAUAUGCCAAAUCAUCUGUUAUUCAUCUGAAGGUCAUAACCAAGAUUCACAUAUUGGUGCCUGUGGAAAUACUGAUGCCAGACACAGCCAGUGAGAAGGGGAAAGGGACAAAGCUGUUCAAGCUCAUCACUGAGAAUUUCCCGGGUGUACCUUUCACUGCAGUUCAAAGGAAGUAUUUUAAUGAGAAGAAAGGGCUGGAGUACAUUCAGCAGCUGUGUGCCCCAGAAUUCAGCACUGUUGUCAUGGAAGUUCAAGCUAAGUAUUAUUGCCUAGCAGCUGCAGCUGCUUUGCUGAAGUACUUAGAGUUCCUCCAGAACUCUGUCUACGUUGCCAAAUCUCUUAAAGUGAGCUUUAAAGGGAGUGAACAGACAGCCAUGAUUGAUUCAACAUCUGCCACUAACUUGGAAUUGGUGGUUAAUAAUAGAAACCACAGGAGUGACCAUACUCUUUUCGGGGUACUCAACCACACAAAAACACCUGGUGGUGCCAGAAGGUUGCGCUCCAAUAUUUUGGAGCCUCUAAUUGAUGUGGACACAAUCAACAUUCGCCUGGACACCAUACAAGAGCUGCUGGAAGAUGAGGACCUCUUCUUUGGCUUAAAGAAUGCCGUAAGUCAUUUCCUUGACAUUGACCAGCUGCUCUCAGUUCUUGUGCAAAUGCCAAAGCAGGAAACAGCUCAAGUUGCUGAAGCAAAGAUUACGCAUGUCAUUCAGCUGAAACACACACUGGACCUGGUGCCGAGGUUAAGGAUGGUGCUGAAGAACUGCAAACCAGCUCUGCUCAAGGCAUAUAGCACCACACUUGAAGAUAACAGGUUUGACAUGAUCCUGGAGCAGAUCAAGACUGUGAUUAAUUAUGACACAACCUACCUCAAAGGUAGCCUCAACAUGCGCACCCAGAAGUGUUACGCCGUGCGACCUAACAUCAAUGAGUUUCUCGACAUUGCCCGGAGAGCUUACACUGAGAUGGUGGAUGACAUUGCAGGGCUUGUGAACCAGUUGGGGGAGAAAUAUGGUUUGCCGAUGCGUACCAGCUUCAGCACAUCUCGAGGUUUCUUCAUCCAGCUGAAGCUCGAAGGAGUGGUCUUACCAGAAGGGAAACUCCCCUCAGAGUUCAUCAAAGUAACCAAGCACAAGAACAACUAUAGCUUCACCACUGCAGACCUGAUAAAGUUGAACAGCCGCUGCGAGGAGGCCCUGAGGGAAAUCUUUCACAUGUCUUAUGUGGUGAUAUGCCAGCUGCUGAGAACUGUCCAUGAGCACAUUCACUGCCUUUAUAAGCUCUCUGAUGCUGUAUCCAUGUUGGACAUGUUGCUGUCACUGGCCAAUGCAUGCACUAUCUCAGACUACGUACGUCCAGAGUUUACAGACACGCUGGCCAUAAAGCAGGGUCAUCACCCGAUUCUGGAACGAAUUGGUGGACAGCAGCCCGUGUCAAACAAUAGCUACAUCUCUGAGGGCAGCAACUUUGUCAUCAUAACAGGACCCAACAUGAGUGGCAAAUCCACUUACCUCAAACAGGUGGCGCUGUGUCAAAUCAUGGCUCAGAUAGGCUCUUUCGUCCCUGCUGAGUAUGCUUGUUUUCGUGUUGCUGAUCAGAUUUUCACCAGAAUUGGUGUAGAUGAUGAUUUUGAAACCAACUCUUCCACCUUCAUGUUGGAAAUGAAGGAGAUCUCUUACAUAAUCCACAAUGCAAGUGACAGGUCCCUGAUUAUCAUAGACGAGUUGGGGCGUGGCACCAGUGCAGAGGAAGGCAUUGGUAUUUGUCACUCAGUCUGUGAGUUCCUCCUUCGCCUAAAGGCAUUCACUCUGUUUGCCACACACUUUCUUGAGCUGUGUCAGCUGGAAUCUCUCUAUCCAAAUGUGGAGAACCAGCACAUGCAGGUUCAACAUACACACAGUGGUGACACUGGUGCUGAGAGCAUGGUAUACACAUAUUUGCUGAAUCGAGGAUGCUCUGAAGAAAGGCACUACGGCCUGAGAGCAGCUGAAAUGACUGCCCUUCCUCCAGGCAUGAUUCAAGAGGCAAAGACAAUUGCUUCCAAAGUUAGCCAGCAGCUUUUGGCUAAACAUCACACUGAUCCAGAAACUCAGAGGCAGCGAGCUGUGUACCACCUCGCCACCCGCCUGCUGCAGACUGCCAGAAACUCCAGACUAGACCCCGACAGCCUGCGAAUGUAUCUGAAGGGACUCAAGAAACAGUAUGAGGCAGAGCUGCAGGCUGAAGGGCAGGCAAUGUCUGUUGACACAGAAGAGGAAUGACUGACUCUCAGCCUUUCAGUGUGGAGGGGCUUUCAUACACUUUUUUUUGGUCUGUGGUCUGUGAACAUAGCAUACUGAGUUUAAAGAUGACCUUAUUUGACAUUAGAUAGAGUGGCAACGCUAUCUGGCUAUUUUUACAAAUACAAUGUCAUACCACCUACUUUCUGUAUAAUUUUGGAGUGUUUGUGAUUUUUUUAAUGUAAUGUAAAACAUGGAAAGAUACGCAUUAAAUAAUA